AUGGACCUCCUCUCCCGCCGCCGCCUCCUCACCAUGGUCACCCUCCCUUCCCCUUCCCUGGAGGCCACCCGCCCCCUCCGAUGUGCGCCCCUUGCUCCUGCGAUCCUCACCAUGGAAACCCUCCUCCACCCCCUCCUCAUCACGGAGCCUCCUCACCAUCCCAUCAUUGUCAUCCUUGGAAUCGUGACCAUUGCUCUCGCCCUUUUCUGUGCUAUUGCCAUCGCCUACAUUCACCGCCGUGUAGCGCGUCUCAGCCCCGAGGCUCGUCGCGCUUUUCGCCGGGCAUUCCGCCAAACUCGCGACGAGCGUCGUAAGAACUCUGCUCUGAAGGCUGCUUAUCGUGCCUUUGUCACCCGAUGGAUCGAGAACGAGGAUGAUGAGAAGGAGGCUAUGCUAAACGGUGAGCGACGCCGACGAUCAUCUUCCUGCAGUAGCGUUACCAUGGAAGAGGAGAUUGCCUCCUUCCGUGAGGCUGCUCAAAUGGUUGAGGGCAUCGUCGCUGCUGAGGAGGGCCAGCAUAGCCAUGCUCGUUCAUAUAGCUACGCUGCGGGUCCGCCUGUUCCUCCUCGUCCCUCGCACCACACUGCUGCCACAGCAUACCCUGGCUUCAUGGAGACGGAUGACAACCUUCCUGCCUACGAUGACGAUGAGCGUGAUUCAUCGGUUGUAGCAGAUGGAUGCCGAUACACUCCUGGCAGCUCCGAUUAUACCCCUUCUAACUCCGGGUCCAAUGCCAGCGAUGUCCUGGGGGACACCAAGAACUAA